CAGGAUGGCGUUUGUCUCUGCACACUUGACAAAGAGAGGCCACAACUGGCAUCUUGGGCCACAGCAGGCAUGGGUCGAUUUGGGCCGAGUGCGAUGCAGCAAAGAACGCACGGCAGAACCACAACAUAUGUUGGAAUCAGUGCCAGACCCUGUUGACGACCAGGUUCCCGAGAGCUCAUCAGACAUCGAGAUUGAUGAUUUGCCAUUAGUCGAACUCCAGGCCAAGAAACAGAAGAACAUGAACCCGAUGAAGCACAAAGUUGCUCAGAAUUCAAAAGCUGCUGGCGUCCACGAGCCUGAUGUCUUGGAGGAGGAUAUGCCCUUGGCACUUUUCCAGGCGUUCCAAAAAGAAAAACGCGAGGGCACUGACUUGCAAACUCAGCCAACGCCCCAGAGACGGAGGCGCUUUCUUGCACCGGCGGUGUUCCAGCGGGACCCAAGCCCAGCAAAGACUGUGAAAACCAAGCUGUUGGAGGAGGUUGCAGCUCUCAAAGAAUUGCUGGACAAGUCAUCCUUUCCGGAAGGUAGCCUGUUUGCUGCCCUUUCACAACUCAAGGAGUUGCACGGGAUGUUAGAGGCCAAAGCAGAGAGUCAGCCACAGAUUUGCGACGCUCCUCCGGAUGAAAUCAGUGUGCAGAGCCCGAGCGACAUAGAGAGCGUUGAAGUGUGCAGGCCGCCUCAACAGGCAGCGAGAGCAAGAAAGGCCAAAGCAGAGCCGAAACAGCUGCAAAGACCAAUCAAAGCUGCCAAAGCAAAGGCCUCAUCCUGCCCAAAGUUCUCCAGACGUGAUAGAGAGGAUUCGUCAGAACUUUUGACGAAGCUCAUGGACGCAGCGGACUUCAACAGUAACCAGCAAGGGGGCACAGAGCGGUUCAAGGUGCUCAUGGCGGAGGCCAAAAAGCUCGCACCAGUGGAGAAAAGGGCCGCCUUGGAAGAGGUGGUUCGCAAGAACUUCUUAGCAAAGACUCCUGGGAGGCAUCGAGAAUGCCUUCGAAAGAUCAUCACGGAGUGGAAGGCUGAAGGUUUGUAAUUGAGUGCAAAAGUCCUUGGGGCUGCAGCAUAUGGGGGCAACAUAUGAGCAGUUCAAUGAAAA